CUACUUUGACCUUCAGAGAUACUUCACGGCCGCGGAUGUCAUAGCUCCAAGUUCGAAAUUUGUUACAUAUGUUCAUGAACACUAAUCGCCCAUUUGACAUUCUAAAUCGAAGUGGAUUCGAUAAACAAUAUGAAGAGUACAAACAAGGAAUGUCUCUUACUCAGUCUGUGAUGAGUAUAUUCCAAGAGAAAUGUGAAAUUCAGUCGAAUUAUUCACGAGCUCUAUCAGGAUUAAGUGGUCGUUUACGUAAUGCUCUGGCAAAAACAACGGGUGGCACAGUUCAUACAGCUUGGUUACGAAUAGCUAAUGCUAUUGAAAUAGAAUCAAAAUUACAUGAAAAAUUUGUUCAAAAUUUAUUAAAUGAUUUAAUUAAACCAUUGAAUCAUUUAAUUGAAAUAUAUAAAAAGAAUAAAAAAUCACUAAAAAAAUGUAUCGACAAAGAAACGAAUAAUUUAUUCUCUUUGUACGAAAUGGAAUUUCAUGCCAGACAUAAAUUAUUUACAUGUUUUCGUAAUUAUGAACGUGUUUGUUACAACUAUCACAUACAAUCAAAGGAUCAGCAAAACCAAUUAAGUCGAACUAUUCAAUCUAAUAAUGAUAUACAGAAAAAGCGUAGUUUAAGCAUGAAUCGAUUUGAUACAUCUAGUCUAUCGACUAUGGACUCGACAAAUAACAGUUUAUUAUCAGAUCAUUAUUCAUCGAUUCGACGAAAUUCUAUUGAUGUUGACACUAAAGUAAUAACGACAACUCUCGAAUCAUAUGACACAACGACAACAACAACAACAUCAAAUCUACUAAGUUUUAAGGAUACUGAUAGUUCAACGAGUCCAUAUUUUGCUUCACGAUCCAGUACUUUGUAUACUUCUCUACCCCAUAAGAAAAAUCCAAACAUUAUUCGAUAUCAUAGCAGUUUGUCGUCGAGAAAUGGAAGAAAAUUUUUAACAAUAGAUAAGUUGAAAGAUGCCUAUAAUACAACCCUAACUCACUAUUAUCGAACAUGUCUGUCAGCUGAAGAAGCUAGAAUUGAUUGGCAUUCAAGAAUUUUGAAAUGUCUUAAUCAUCAACAAAUAUUAGAAAAUGAUCGUUUGAAUAGUUUAACUAAUGGUUUAACAGUUUAUCGUAAUACUUUAGAUGAUACUUUACCAACAUGGAAAGCUGUUAUAAAUGAAGUAGCUAAUGCUAUCAGUUUAGCUGAUCCAUUAUUAGAUUUACAAAAUUUUCGACAACGUUCUCAUCAUCAAGAAGAUUUGUCUCAAAUAUCACCACAACAAUCAACAAAUUCAAUGAACAAACAAACUGAUAGUUCCAUAAAAUCAAAGAAUGUUGGUUGUUCACUUCAACGUCUCAUCGAUUUACCAUGCGAAAAUGUGUUACUACAACAAAAUCAACUCCAUCAGAGUCCAUCUAGUCCAUCCUCAAAAUCACAGGCGUUGAAUAUUAUAUGUAGAAGAAAAUCUCAAACAUCUGUUGACAGAAGUUUAUCGAAUUUAGUUCAAGUUUACGCUCAUCAACCAGCUUAUACCGAUAUAGAUACACUUAUGGAAUCACGUCAUCGUUUAUACUUCUCACGUGUACGUCUCACUUAUCUUUUGUUAUGUCGUCAAAAAUUAACGCAUAGUUUAAAACAAAUUCAUUCAAGUUCAUUUGAAAAUAUAGAAACAGACAAAAGAACCUUCAACUCAUUAUCAUCAUCAUCAUCAUCUUCACCAUUGUCAUCGGAAAACCUAGAAUUAUCUUCAAUUUUAGUACAGGCUGGAUUUUCCAAAAUGAUUCUUACUUCACGUAUAUGUCCUGAUUUAAAUAACACUAAAACUAUCCAUAAUAACAAUAAUAAUGAUAAGAAAUCUUAUUUGAUCACAUCACGUUGGAUACGCUUACCUGAUUUGGAUAGAAUAACUAAUCAUGGGUUAAAUUUAAUGGAAUGGCCUCCAUUUCCUUUAGAAGAUAUAACACAUGAAAAUGUAAACGAUAAUAUAUUUCAAUUGGAUAUUGAAAAGAUUCGUGAACAACUUAAAUCACAAUCAUCUUGGAUAUUAGACUGUAUGAAUACUAGUAAUAGUGAUAGUCAUAAUGAUAUUGACAAUGAAAACACAUUGAGUCGUGCACAUUUCACUGUUACAUCUAAUAACAAUAUUAUAACUGAUAAGUACCAACAUGUACCUCAUGAAGUAAUGCAUAAUCAGUUUAACUCUCCAAUUAAACGAAGCGUUACAUGUUCAGAAAAGUCAUUUACAGUCACAUCAACCAACAGUAUACUUAAUAGUAACAUAAUGGAAAAAUCAAAUCAAUCAUUAAAGAAACCUUUUCAUGGUAAUAGUAUUGAUAUAAAUAAUAAUGAUAAAUCAUUGGAAAGCAAUAAACGAUUCUCCAUAAUCAAGCAAUCUUCCAACAUAGAAGUUUCUCGAAAGCGAUCACCUGAAAUUUGUAGAAUUCAAUCUGAACGAACUGAUAUUACUACUAUGAACAGUAGUAUAGGUACCAUUAAAAAUAAUAUUGACAAUAUUUCCAGACAUUCAUUACUUGAUCAUUCAAUAAAUUCUCAUAAACCAAUUGUACCAUUAGCAACUGAUGAAACUGAUACUGAAGAUUCUAUAAAUAAACAUUGUUCAUCAAUAUCGUCAGUUCCUUAUUCAUCAUCUAUUUCAUCAGAGAACACUGAAAAUUCUAAAGAAGUUUUAACAACUAAUUCAUUUUGGUCUCGUCUCAGCCAUGGAUUACGUGGAUCAUCUAAUAACAAACAACAAUCUAAUCAUAAAAAAUCUGAACAUAAUAUCAAAUCUCACCGCAACACUAAUAAUUCGUCAUCUAGAACAGAAAUUGUCAAAUCUGAAAUAUCAGAACCAUCAUGUUUACGCAUUGUGAACAUUCCAAAUAGUUCUUGCUCUCUUGAUUCAGGUAAUACUGGUUCCAUGGAUAGUGAACCUAGUUCUUCAUGUAAAUCAGUUCAUUUUCACACUGGUUCAAUUGUGACCGAUAACUAUAGUUUAGAGAAAAACAGUUCAGAUUUGAAUCUAGAAGUUGGAUCUUCUUCCAAUUUACAUUGUUUAGGUUGGGCCAAAGUUCAACGAAACUAUCUACCUCGCAAUCCCACUGAAAUUCAUUUACAAGAAGGUGAUAUAAUUAGUAUUUACCGUAAAGUUAACUCGGAUUGGUGGUAUGGUGAAGUGAAUAAUAAAAAAGGUUUAUUUCCAGUAAAUCAUAUUGAAGAAUUUUAAAGUUUCAAUUCAUGAAUAACAAUAAACAAACAUUGUAUACCCUAUAGUUAUUUCAGUAAAUUCUAUCAAACAUUCAAAGUACCCUACACUUUAGCUUCACUCCUGUUUUGUUCAAUAUAUCUGAUGUAUAUAUUAAUUUACAUGAAGCCAAUCAGAACAUAUCCACUUAUGAAAAUGAUGACAAUGUAAUCAAUGUUAAUGUACCUAUAUCUUUAAGAUGAAAAUGAACGAAUUGAUCUACUUCGCCAUCUCUUCCUCCAUGACCCGCUGAUGAUGACUCCGGCUUGGAUGAAUAUACGAAUAUACUAUGCACAUAUACCUUCCAUUUUAACUCCGUACAUUACCUUGACUAACCGUAUAUUUAUGACGGUGGUAAUAAGAAAAAGGCAAACACAGGUUGUGUUGGAUUAAUCCAUUUCAAGCAUUUGUUUAUCCAAACAAACAUUAAGUAUAAGAAACAGGAAAGCGAAGCGAAGAAAGUGAGCAAGUCAAUUGGAUUUAAUCAAUAUUUAUAAUCAGAUAUGUGAUGAAUAGGAUAAGUACUACACAGAAAAACACACAUAUAUAUAUAUAUAUAAACAGUCAAAGUUAACAAGCGAAUAAUUUACAAAGUGAAAGUGUUCCGAAGUCAGAAUACCCCUUAUAAUCGUGAUAUAGAGUACCAGACACUAUAAACUUAGCAAUUUAAAUAUGGAAUUUAUAGUGAUGUACAUCAUCAUAUUUACCGUUAUGUUGUACUCUUAAAGUACUACAUAUAUAUAUGCCAUCCUACUCGCCUCGUGAUUAUUAUUCUAUGAUUCGUAUAUUAAACAUGUAAGAAGAAAUUAUGUUUGUUCAUUGAAUGUUAAAUAUUGAACAUUGAAUAGUAGAGAUGCACUACUCACUCACUAACACCCUAUCCUAUCCCCCCCCCCAUUUGACUAAACCUUUGAUAUUCAAUCAAGUGAUCAUUAUUAUUAUCAUCAUCCCUGAUUUGUAUUAUACCAUUAAAUUAUUGUAUAUAUCAAGACAUAGAAAAUAAGAGUCAGCGCAUUAAACUUUUAAUUUAUUCAACUUUCUAUUCAAAUAUCUUGAUAAAUAUGUAGAUCUAAUUGCUUAAUUUCUGUGUAUAGAUUAAACAUUAUUACAUAUAAAUAAGAUGAAUAUCAUCACUGCCAGUAUCAUUACCACCAUCAACUCCACCAGUGACAUACACACACACACACUCUCCAUCUAUACUUCCCUUUAUACUCAGAAACAAUUAAUUAAUUACAUUAACAGUAAUAUUUAUGAAUACAAUUCAUGUUAUAUUCUAUGUUUAAAUGAUAAUUUUCAUUUGUUUGUUUGUUUGUUUGUUUUUCAAUGUUAUUUAACCCAAUUUUGUUUUCUUCUUCUUUGUGUUUAUUUCAUUUUGUUUUGUUUUUGUUUGUCAUAAGUCUUGCAAAUUGAACGUU